AUGACCAACCGCAUGGGCCACAUGAACUACAACAGAGUUGGAAAUGGCAGAGGAAGCAGAGGUUUCAGGCUAAACACAAGAAGAUUUUCAGUCUCGAGGCUCCUACGUGCCCGGUUCGUGUGCUUGUUCAGGUUCUUGAGAUGUUCAUAUGGGCAAGCUCUGCAGUCUCUAAAGAAAGGCAUGAGCAGAAGUAGCAGGCCAAGUGCUGGCUCUGGCCCUAGCAAUAUCAAGAGGAACAACAGCAGCUCAAGAAGGAUUUUGGUCACAGAAACACACCAAAACAAGGCACGGUCAGAACCAGCUGAUUGCUGCAGGUUGAGAUCAUUUGCACGGUCCAACUCCUUUUAUGCAGAAGCCAUUGCUGAUUGCUUGGAGUUCAUCAAAAGGUCUUCUAUUUCUCUUGACCAAAACCCAGUCAACCAAAGAUAG